AUGGGUGACCUUUCCACUGCUCUCGUCAUUGUCACGACGUCAUUCUUGCUGGGAACAUUGGCAAUGCAUUGGACAGCAGAUCAUUUGGUUUUAUGGCAAUCACCAAUCACAAGACCUUCACUUUUAUCAGCUCAAGCUUAUUAUGCAAACACUUUAGUUCAUAUGCCAAAUUCUUUUCAUACAUUACACUAUGUAAUCGGAACAAGUGGUGCAGCAAUUUUGGUUUAUAAAGCUUUAGGAGGAAGGGAAAGUAAUUGGCUCUUUGAUGGUGCGAGUUUGUUCUUGUAUGGUGCUUCUGCUUUGGUACACAUGCAAAAAGUCUUGCCAAGCCUACAAUCUUUACCAGCACUUCUUCCCGUCCCAAAGGCCAAUCCUGAUGAUCCAAGAGACAGCGUCCUUCAACCUUUACGUGAUCUUGCAAGUUCGAAUGCCGUUCAAGCAGCAGCAUUGGUUGGAGUGAUCAUCUUGCAAUGCGGACAAUAUUACUCUGAACGAUUAGAGAGACGGGAAAGAAUUGAAGAAACUGAAGCCAGAUUAAGACGUAGACGGAGAAGAUUAGAACGUAGCUCUCAAACACAACAAGCAACAAAUGUAUCUGCAGGAGAAGUAGCAGAAGUGGGAUCAAGUUCAAGUUUAUCUCCAAGUGCUUGA